CAACGGCGAGAGAAAGACAGGGAAAAGCAAGGACCACCCGAGCAAGCUUCGUGCGGCACGUUCGCGAGUUCCGCCGGAGCGACGCCGCUGGCGUUCGAGCUUUCGAACGAUCAAGCUCGGCUCGGCUACGACGACGGGUCGAAUUAGCAGCGAUGGGCGUGCUCGUUUUGCAACGGCGGCGAAAGGGCAGCGAGAAAGAAUUUUUCGGUUUUUCGGCCGACCGGCGCUCUGCAUUUCGCGUCGCUCCCGCCGGCUUAAUUAGCGAGAGCGCGAGGCCCGGAAGGGUUGGAGCUCGCGGUCGCGCGGCGGAGGCGUCGCGCCGCGGGGCAGGGUGCGGCGGCGGCGGCAGCGGCGGCGACGGCGACGGCGACGGAGGCGCGGGCAGGGCGAGGGGCUGCGCCGCCGCGGCUAGGCUCAGUCGCGCAGCACCCUCCGCCGGCAGCAUGCAGCUCCGCUCGGUUCCACUCUGUCGCCUGUCCGCCUCGCUGGCACUGCUCCUCGGCUUGGCCAGUGCGAAGCCCGGCACGCGGCCCAGCUUCGUGUCCGACAAGAUGAUCGCCACGGCUGCCAGCGUCGUGAACGCCUGCCAAACGCAGACGGGCGUGACCACCGCCGACAUCGAGUCGGUGAGAAACGGCCAAUGGCCCGACUCCAUGGAAUUGAAGUGUUACAUGUACUGCCUUUGGGAGCAAUUCGGAUUGAUCGACGAAAAGCGGGAGCUGAGCCUGAACGGCAUGCUGACGUUUUUCCAACGAAUACCGGCCUACCGAAAGGAAGUCCAGCAGGCGAUUAGCGAGUGCAAGGCUCUGGGUCAAUACUUCGCCAGUGCCGACAGCUGCGAGUACGCGUACACGUUUAACAAGUGCUACGCCGACAGAUCACCAAGAACUUACUACCUCUUUUGAAUCGAACGAAACGCUUAAGUCCGAAUUACACACGGAACCCGAAGAAUAAUAAGAUGUAGCUUAGAUCGAUGACCUAGAAGUGCUGAAAAACAAGUCAAUUCGCCGAGUGGCUCAUUUGACGCAUUCGAGGAAGACGACGACCGAACCACUGCAGUUUGUAGUACUCGUACAAUCAAUACCAAUGUCAAUGUAAACUGAACGAUGCAACAAUAAACGAAACAAUAAGUAGACGUAUAAAAGGUGAAGAACGCUUUUUUAGGGCUUCUAUGCGAAUUUGCUUGUGUAACGCAUUUUUUAUUCACCGCUUUGUCUUGAGUUUCGGCUUGUGCGCUAUUGUAAAUAUUUAGAAAUACUGUCCGAUAAUUGAACGAAGCGAAACAAUAAAAAGAGAAGAAGAUAAAAAAUAAA